ACUGGGGACGCUCAAUUGUCCGAGCCGAAAGAGUUGCGCGAUACAUUACCUCAAUCCAAAUUCCAAUACCUACAAUGUCAUGUUGUGAGAAUGGAUCAAAGAUGGUUCACAUACCUGCAGCUGAUGAAUCCCGGUUCUGUCGGUGAUGCAGCGAUGCACCGGAUGAUAUUAGCGUGUCCUGUUAAAUGGGGAGUGAACGCAACCUCGAGGUUAACCGAGGUUGGGGCGACGAAUGUUAAGAUUGCCGUGAGUGCACAUACCACUCCAACGUUUAAGACAUUUGCCGGUGAACGUCGUUUGCAACGUGUUAUUCUAAAAUUCAAGAUAGAUA